UCUCUCUCCCUCUCAAACCUAGGUUCUUUUUUUCUUCCUUUCAACCACUAUUUUUGUUUUGAUGACUUCUUUCUUUUCACUUUAAAAUGUUAAUCGGUGUAUAAUAACCUGUCCAAAGAAGAACUCUUCGUCGAAGAUGAAAAGAUCACUUCUGGGGAGGUCGUCAUGCGUCAGCUAAUGUUUUAAGGUGGAGAAGGGAAGUCAUCAAGGCCGAAGGGUGAAAAAAAAAAAACAAGCGAAAGGCAGAGUUCAAAUUGCCGAUCAACUCACGGGCGCCUCCAUCACCAACCAAACGCGGCCUGCCUUUCUUUCCAUGCUCUCUUUCGUAUUCUCCGUCGUCCGAUUUUCCAACCCUCCAUGAUCGUCGCCUGCAUGCACUUGCUUUGUCCAUGAAUUUGAACGCUUUUCUCUCCAGUUUAUAUUCCUGCUUCCGGAAGAGGCUCAAAGCCCCUGGUGAUUCCGAUGGCGUCGACUCCUCUGACCUCUUCUUCGAAAUCCGUACUCUCCAGAUUGCCACUAACUCCUUCUCGGAGUUGAAUCAGCUCGGCCACGGCGGCUUUGGCCCCGUUUAUAAGGGAUUGAUGCCAAAUGGUCAAGAAGUAGCAGUAAAGAAGCUUUCAUUGAACUCUAGACAGGGGCUGAGAGAAUUUACUAACGAGGUGAAGCUGUUGUUGAAAAUUCAGCACAAAAACUUGGUCACAUUGCUCGGUUGCUGUGCUGAAGGACCUGAGAAGAUGCUUGUUUAUGAGUAUCUACCGAACAGAAGUCUAGAUUACUUUCUAUUUGAUAAAAAGAAGUCUACAUCACUGGAUUGGUCAACACGAUACCAGAUAAUUAUAGGUGUUGCAAGAGGUCUUCUCUAUCUGCAUGAGGAGGCCCCAGAAAGGAUCAUUCACAGAGACAUUAAAGCAAGUAAUAUUUUGUUGGGUGAACAAUUGAACCCAAAGAUAUCAGAUUUUGGUCUAGCAAGGCUCUUUCCUGGUGACGACACUCAUAUGAAUACAUUCAAGAUUUGUGGUACCUAUGGUUAUAUGGCCCCUGAAUAUGCUUUGCAUGGAUAUUUGUCUGUGAAGACAGAUGUUUUCAGCUACGGAGUUUUGGUUUUAGAGAUUGUAAGUGGAAGAAAAAACCAUGAUAGGAGUUUUGGCGCUGAAAAGGUGGACCUCUUGAACUACACAUGGACACUCUACCAAAACGGGAACCCAUUGGAACUGGUGGAUCCAAGUCUCACAAAUUGCAAUCGUCAUGAAGCGGCAAUGUGCAUUCAGCUCGGGUUGUUAUGUUGUCAACAAAGCGUUGCAGAUAGGCCUGACAUGAACUCUGUUCACCUCAUGCUCUUAAGUGACUCAUUUACAUUACCUAGACCGGGCAAACCUGGAAUUCAAGGCCGUACAAGCCGUUGGACAGAGACCACCCCUUCUGCUCUCACCAAUACUAAUACAAAAGGUAAUAGUACCAACACUGGUGUUAACAGGACUUCUGGAGGUAAUAGUUUUGUCGAGGAUUUCUCCAGAAACUCAAUCUCUUAUUCUUCCAUUGACGAAGGUACAUAAUAUGAAUAAUUGAUCAUUUGGAACUACAUUUCUUCAAUCUUUCUUUAGAGUUUAUUAAGAUUGAAAGUUAUAAAGUUUUUUCUUAUACAAAUUUUGAUGAACUAGUUAAAUAUAUGUUUUGGAGGAACAUAAACUUAUACUUAUUUAUA